CCUGGCAAUUAAAAACCUAUCGUCGAUUGUAAUUUUUUUGAUUGUAAACAUGUAACUGGAGAGAGAGAGAGAGAGAGCUAGCUAUCGUUUUUGGUUGAUUUUUUUUUUUUUUUAAUUCAAAAGUAUUCUUUCUUUAGGGUAGUCGGAACUCCCUUUCUGUUUCACAGUGCUGUAUUGAAAGUAGACCCUACUGCAAUGUGUACACGUACGGUAUUUCUCCAGCAGGUUUCCGUUUGUCCCAUGUAUGCAUUUAGUUACGUGGUGUUCGCUCCUUGUGUUUUGGUUUUGCCUUGCCCAUGAGGGUGCAUCUGGCCUGUGCUUCCAAUACCACCACCAGGCUGAGCUGAAGCACUACCUGCACUGGGUGAGCAAAACCUACCCGCACAUAACCCAUCUCUACUCCAUAGGGCAGUCCCGUGAAGGAAGGGAGCUCUGGGUGCUGGUGAUUGGCCAAUAUCCCAAUGAGCAUCAAGUUGGGAUCCCUGAGGCCAGAUACAUUGGCAAUAUGCAUGGCAAUGAGCCUGUGGGCCGAGAGCUGCUUCUUCACUUAAUUGACCUGCUGGUGUCUCAAUACGGCAAAAUGAAGACCAUCACCAGCCUAGUGCACAACACUCGCAUUCACAUCCUGCCCAGCAUGAACCCUGAUGGCUUCGAGAUGUCUGUGCCAGGGGCGUGCAGUGGUGUGGAUGGGAGAUAUAACAAGAAUGGUGUGGAUCUUAACCGGAAUUUCCCAGACCUGUUCUCCAUUAACCAGGUCACCAGAGAGCCAGAGACAUUGGCGGUGAUGCGCUGGACAGACAUGGAGACCUUCGUCCUCUCAGCCAACCUGCACGGGGGUGCUGUUGUGGCUGCCUACCCCUAUGACAACAAUAUGUCUGGUAAAAGUAGAUACACAAAGUCCCCAGAUGAUGAUGUGUUUAGAUACUUGGCAAGCAUCUAUUCCAUCAACCACAGGAGGAUGUUUAAAGGCAACCUGUGUAAAAUGAGCUUCCCAGGAGGAGUGGUGAAUGGAGCUAGUUGGUACACCUUAAUAGGAAGCUUGCAGGACUAUGGUUACAUUUGGACCCACUGCUAUGAGCUGACCAUAGAGGUGUCCUGUUGCAAAUACCCCUCCGCAGAGCGGCUACAGUUCUAUUGGGCAGAGAACAAGAAGGCUCUGAUACAAUUCAUCACACACGUUCACCUGGGGGUAAAGGGCAGAGUCCUGGAUGACAAGCAAAACCCCAUUGCUAACACAUCUGUGCUGGUCAUGGGUAGAGAUGACGUGAUGCCAUACAAAACCAACCAGCUUGGGGAAUACUACAAGAUAUUAAUGCCAGGGAGCUACACGUUUAGGGUUGAAUCUCCAGGUUAUGUACCUCUGAUGGUGAAUAUCCAUGUGAAGGACACCUCCCACGUGUACACAGCUACCAUUCAUGAUUUCACUCUUCACAGGCAGAUUUCUUAAAAUUAUAUAUAUAUAUUCACCUUCAAAAAAGUUAAUUACUCUCUAAUUUAUAUAGAAAUAUACAAAGAAACAGAUUAUAUAAAAGGCAGUGUAUUACUGAAAGGAACUCUGUAACACAUUGUUGAGCCAUUCCAUAAAAGUAAAGCUUGGCCUUGCUGCUAUGCCUUAUAAAAGUAAAGCUUGGGCUUGCUACUAUGCUUAUAAAAGUUUACCACUGUAGAUUUGCAUGGUAGUUUAGCAGUUUUCCCAUGCUUUUCCCAUGAUUUACUAUGCCUUUAACAUGGAUUAAUAAGGAUUGCCAUGUUUUUUAAUAUGGCAUACCUCUCUAGGCUUUACGAUGCUUAUCUAUGCUGUACUGUGUUUUCAUUAAGCUUUAUUAUGCUUUGCCAAGCUUUGACUAUGGUAAACUUUAAUAAGGGAUAUAAUGAGCGUUUUGAUGGAGCCUAUCUUUACCUACAGCAUUAAGUACAGUUCAACAUGCCAUACUAGGAAAGAGAUGAAGGAGGUGGUUCAAGGGAGAUACAUUGCUGCUGUAUUACACUACAAUCUCCUCUUUGUUUAGAUGUAUCCACAAGGGGCAGUGUUGCAGGGGGCAGGUUAAUGGUUACACUCUGGGGUACUAGAUGUACUUUUAGGUCUUAAUUCUGGGAGCUGUUGGGGCCACAGGGUGCUUUAAAUAGACACCAUGGACUAAAACAAAAUAAAAAAUAAAAAAGGCCUUGCAUACACACUUCUGUUUUCACAAGAUCAACAACAUGAUUAGGAUUUAGCCAGAUCUCUCUGGAUAGCAGCCAAACAUGCUUAUAAAUUAAGAUAUCAUCUAAAACGGGUAUUUGCACAAUUUUUACUCAGGAGAUGUUCAUACAUGCACAAUUUUUACUCGGUAGACAUUCAUACAUGCAACAAACUUUCUUAUGUUCUCAAGUCAUUAUAAGAUACUUAUCAACCCACUGUCAGAGUUUCUAGUAGUAAAAGCAGGGAUGACAUUCUCAAGAAAAAAAGUGCAGGUGUAAACAUUAAAAAAAUUGAGACAAUUUGUGCCAAUGAAUAAAUACUUUUAAAAUAUAUACAUUUCGGUACAUGAAACAUUUUAUAAUACAAAAUAAGCCUUUAAAAAACUGAUAAAGUACAAACAAUUAACCGUAAACAAAGAAGCAGAAAAUACUCAAAGCUUUGGACCCUCUGCAUGUAUCACUCAGUCAUGAACCGUAAUAUAACACUGAAGUUAAACCUUCAAUGAUAAGUAUUAAGAGAUAUUACACUAUGCAGUAGCUGCUGUAGAGAGGGAGUUUUGUUUCAAGAUAUCCUAAAAAAAGGAUGUUAUAAAAAAAAAAAGUUAAAUAAAAAAAAACUGCACUGUACAAAAAUGAUACAAAAAGGUCCAAGUCAAACAAUGCACAUUGGUAAUAAAGUAUCAGGCACUACUCUUUAAAAACUGUUUACUUGACUUGACCAUUUUAAUCUCCAUUAUAUUCUCUGAAGUCAUCACUAUACCUUCCAGACCCUGGGUACGCACCUACAACAGGACCUUGCCAUUCUACAAUGAUAGCCUUGGAUUAGAACACAUAUCCCUGUUAUUUAUUGUAUUUUACAUAUUACUUAUCCUACAAUAAUAUAUUAUGUGUGCUCCUCUGUUGUGUUUAGGUGUAGAUUCAU